GCAGAGGAGAAGAGAAAGAAGUCGAUUCAAGACAUGAAAAGAGAGGGAACUGAGAGAUUGUUGAAGGGAGAGAGCAUUUAACGAAGAAACCCUCUCUUUCACCUUCAAGAACCCCCUCAACAAACCCUAACAUUGACUGCAGAGAGAGAACGAGAGAGUGCUGCUUAGGUUUUCGCGACAGAGGGAGAAAGAGAGUGGUGGUGGUCGAUGAGAGAAAUCGCUGAGAGAGGAAGAGAGAACCGUGAGAGAGAGCUGAGACAGAGAGAGAAGUCAGAAGUGUUAGGUCGGCUCCACAAUAGAUAUUUUUUAUAUGGAGGGCAAUUAUUUAAUUUCACGUCCCCAAGUGAUUAUAUCCGAAUAGGAUUUGUAACGUGAUCAUUUCAGAAUAGAAGUUGUGAAACGUGAUAAUAUCAGUAUAUUUCCCAAUUAUAUUUUGGGUUUUCCUCAUUAAAUAUGGAAACUACCUUUCUAUAAAUAUUAAAAAUUAAAUAAAAACCCAGAAAAAUUCCCAUUUCAAUUGAGUUUCCUUAACCGCCUCCUCCUUCCUUCUCUAUAAAACUCAAUCACAACCUAGACCUUCUCUCUCAUAUUAAGAUCUCCGAAAAACCCAAGUCACAGAAGAUAUGGUGGCCCCUCGAAGAAGCAGCUUAGAACUCAUACCUAAUGAGGGCACUCGGAAGAUGACCUUUCGGAAGCGAAAGAAGAGUAUAUAUAAAAAGGCCGACGAGCUUUCGAAGCUUUGUGGUAUUGAUGUUUGCUUGAUCGUCUACGAAGCCGAUCAAAAGAAGGGGAGGGCAGUUCAACCGGAGACGUGGCCGCGAGAUCCAACUCAAUUCAAACGCAUUCUCAACAAGUACAAGGAUUCUAAGGAUACGUCCACGCCCGGAUUGAAGAGAAACUUUGAUAUGUCCGAUUUUUAUGAGGACAAGAAAGAUCACGUGGAUGAGGAUGACGAAAAGUUUCAAAAUUUAGGGGAGAGGAUUUUUGAGGGAGAAUACCCGACAAAGUUUCAAAAUUUAGGGAAGAAGAUUUUUGAGGAGGAGUACCCGACAUGGGACGAUCGAAUAGAUGAUUUUUCGAAGGACGAAUUGACUGAGCUCAUUGCUUCACUUGAAUCCAAGAUACAAGUUGCAACCAAGAAGAUUGAUUGUAUGGAAAGAUAUAUGGGGUUUGCUAAGAAACAAAAUCAAAGUUUGGUCCGGGAAGAGAUUAAUCAUGAUGAGCAGCCUAUCAAGUCCCUGCUUUGAUGUCUCGUCCAUCACUUGUGCAUUAUCCAAUGUUGCCAAGUGCAUGGGUUUCAAGCUCAGAAUCGGAGAAGAGCUAAUGACAACUUGACAACCUCGGUGUAUAUCUAAUCCUUUGUAAUCGAAUUUCUAGUAAUGUUUAGUUUGAUUUUGAUGUACCUUUUGGCUAGGGAUAAUAUAGCCCUAUAUUCUGUUCUGAUUACAUUUGGACCUUUGCGUUUC